AUGAGGCUGCGGAACGGCCCGGUGGCCGCCGCCUUGGUCUUCGUCACCUCGUUCCUCGGUCUGUCCUGGUACACCGCCUGGCAGAACGGGAAAGAGAGGCUGAUCGCCUAUCAGCGAGAAUUCCACGCGCUGAGGGAACGGCUCCGGAGAGCCGAACGCAGGACCCUGCAGCGUUCCUCGGAACUCAACGCCGUGUCGGAGCAGUUCAGGAGAGCCGUGGCGGAGGCCAGGGGCGGCAACGGGGCCCUGACCGGCGUCUCGGAUGCUACCUUGAAACUUCUGAAGGAGCUGACGAGCAAAAGGUCCCUCCAGGUGCCCAACAUUUAUUAUCAUCUGCCUCACUUAUUGAAAAAUGAAGGCAGCCUCCAACCGGGCGUGCAGAUCGGCUUCGGAAGGACGGGAGUUUCAAUCGUCAUGGGGAUUCCCACCGUGAAGAGAAAAGUCAGAUCUUACCUCACGGAGACUCUCCAUUCUCUCAUCGAUAAACUAUCUCCCGAAGAGAAGUUGGAUUGUAUCAUAGUCGUCUAUAUCGGAGAGACAGACCCCGACUACGUGAACAGCGUGGUGGCCGUUUUGGAGAAAGAAUUUUCGACCGAAAUCAAUUCCGGCUUGGUGGAAAUAAUAUCGCCUCCCGCCACCUAUUAUCCCGACCUCACAAACCUAAAGGAGACGUUCGGCGAUUCCAAGGAACGAGUCAAGUGGAGAACGAAGCAGAAUUUGGAUUACUGUUUUCUUAUGAUGUACGCCCAGAGGAGGGGCAUUUAUUACAUCCAGCUGGAAGACGACAUCGUCGUCAAGCAGAAUUACUUCAGCACGAUAAAGAAUUUCGCCCUGCAGGUCUCCUCCGAAGACUGGAUGAUUUUAGAGUUCUCCCAGCUGGGAUUCAUCGGGAAAAUGUUUCAAGCUCCGGAUAUCACGCUGAUCGUCGAGUUCAUAUUUAUGUUCUACAAGGAGAAGCCCAUCGACUGGCUCCUGGAUCACAUUCUCUGGGUCAAAGUCUGCCAUCCCGAGAAAGACGCGAAACACUGCGAUCGCCAGAAAGCAAAUCUGCGAAUCCGCUUCCGACCGUCCCUCUUCCAGCACGUCGGCCUGCACUCUUCUCUCCCUGGAAAAAUCCAGAAGCUUACGGAUAAGGACUUCCUGAAACCUCUGCUCCACAAAAUCCACAUCAAUCCGCCCGCCGAAGUGUCGUCUUCUCUCAAGGUCUACCAGGGGCACACCCUCGAGAAAACGUACAUGGGAGAAGAUUUCUUCUGGGCCGUCACUCCCGUGGCCGGGGACUACAUCUUGUUCAAAUUCGACAAGCCCGUCGACGUGGAGAGGUACCUGUUCCACAGCGGCCAUCCGGACCACCCCGGUGAUAUCCUCGUAAAUACAACCGUCGAGGUCUUGCCCUUCAAGAGUGAAGAAAUGGAAAUUCACCCGGACGCCGAAGAGAGACGCUUAGAGGACGGCUAUUUCAGAAUAGGGAGAUUCGAGAGCGGCGUGGCCAGGGGGACCGUCCACCCCAGCCUCAACCCGGUCUCGGCCCUCCGGCUCUCCGUCGUUCAGAACGCGGCCAUGUGGGCCAUCCUCAGCGAGAUUCAUAUUAAAAAGAUCCCAAACUGAUGCGGGGCGGGGGCCUCUUCAGGAGCCGAGGUGACGCUUUUUCCCGGGAAAAGCCUCCGUCCCCGAAGACCGAAGGGGAGAGCCCGGCAGAAGGCGCGGGGUCGGAGGGGUCGCGCCUCGGAUUACCCCGCCUCCUUCCUCUUCGCUAUUUCACCGGAGAGGAACCGCAGCCAGGAGACGGAGAUCGACCCUCGGGACCGGACCCUUCUCGACCGGGCCCUCGAAGCCGCCCCCUCGUCCGCGGCGGCCUGGGGCUAGCCGGCCGCGUCGGCCCCCCGGAGAGCCGCCGCCGACCCGAGAGGGCGCCGGGUCUCGCGAGCCGCCUCUCGGGAAGAGUCGGCCGGCCUCACCCCGACCCACCCUCUUCUGGCGGCCGCCGGGAGACGAGCGGGGUACCCGCCGGACGCGUCGGGGAGGGUCGCCUCGCGGAGAACGCCGCGGCGACGUCUUCGGGCGGUGCCCUUCCCGGCGGCCCCCUCUUUCGGCGAGGGGCCGGCUCCCCGCCCGGGGUCCGCGGCGCCGCCGACGGUCGAGGCGGGGGCCUCCCCGCGAAGCCUCCCGCCCUCGCCGAGGCGGACGGACUCCCGAACCGAAGAGGCCGCGGGCUCGGCGCCCGCCCGGCCCCCGCGUCUCCGAGGCCCCGCGAGAGGCAACGGGGUUCGACGAGCGCCUUCUCCGGGCAGUGCGCCGUACGGAGCCCUAGGGGGAGGACGACGGCAUCGGAGCCCGAUCCGCCCCAGCUCAACAGAGGACGGUCACUCGCCCGUCUCUCCGGAGCCUCGCGUCUUCCGUCUUCACCCACCUCGCUUCCUAAACCCCCCUGGGGUUCGACGGGAAACGAUCCUAAAUCCGGGAAGCGGCGGCGGCGGACGACGCGAUAACCGGUUCCCGUUCUCUUGGGCUGCCCUCGUCUCCCAGGACGCGUCUCUCUCCGCGUGACGCUUUUUAACGACACGCGGUAUCGCCUUUCCCGGGAGAACCGAUUCGUCGCCCAAACCCGUCGACUCCUCGGUGCCUUUACUGGGGGCUCUUCGUCUUUGCUCGACCCUACCGGGCUGAAUUCUCCUCCUGGGACGACCUCACCCGCGAGAAGAGCCGUAACUCUUUCCCAGAAACGUCUAGUCGAUAUUCGGAACGAAGAGCCCGCUCCCGACACGCCGCUAAGCCGGAGUCACGUGGCGUCUCGGUCGCCGAAACGGAAUCGGCCGGCCCGUCGGCCGUAUCUGCCGAGCGCCCGGACCCGUGUGCGGAGCGCUGGGUUUGGCGCGGGGGAGCGCCGGCCGGUUGGGAGAGAGGAUCCCCGCCUCCGAGGAGUUUCCGAAGGAGGGGAGGAGAGCGUGUCAGUCAGUAACUCCGCCUCCACUCCGGAUAACCAGACCCUUGCGCUCCCCAAGGCUCCGCACACGGUAAGCGCUCGGUGAAUACGACCGACGGAACGGAUAAGGGAGAGCCUCCGGGGGAGGAAAUCGCACUUAGGGGACGGCCGCUUAAUCCAAUCGUGACGUUUACUCCGCGCCGGGGGGGGUGGAUAGGAGCCGGUCGGGUCGGGCGGAGUCCCCGUCCCCCGGGGGGCUCCCGGGCUCGACCCCCCAUUUCACAGACGAGGGGACCGAGGGCCGGGGGAGGGAAGCGACCGGUCCGGGGCCGGGAUCAGAACCCGGGAUCACCCGGGGCGUACGUCUCCCGCGGCACGUACGUACAGAUGGGUGAUUUUUCCUUCCGUUUCUUUCCGUCAACGUCCGCCUCGCCCCGCCGGAGCGGGAGCUCGCCGCGGGCGGGGGACGGGCCCGCUCGUCGUCGCCCGGGACUCUCCCAGGCCCUCCGUGCCGCGCCCCGCGCCCGGCCAGCGCCCGAUAGAUCCCGGCCAACGGGAGCAUCCGUGAAGGGCUCGUUUCGUGCAGGGUGUCCUACUGAGCGCCCGGGAGAGUGGAGAAAUGGGGAAUCUCGUGGAUUCUGCCGGCGCUCCGCCCUACGAGGUCUCCUCCUCCUCUUCCUCCCGCUCCCUUCUGCGUCGCCCCGCCGCCCGGAUUCCCGCCCUUUCCCUCCUCCCCGCGACGCUUACGUCCACAUCCGGGAUUCCUUUAUUUCUCUCAACGGCCGUCUCCCCCUCUGCGCCGUCCGGCCCCGUUCUGCCGUCCCCUCCCGGGCGCUUACAACGGCGCUCGGGAGAAACCACGGCUCGACCGACGGACUGGGGAGAUGGGGAUAAGGACGCUGGCCGCUUCGGUUACGGAGAGGCGGCAGCGCGGGGAAGCGGAGACGUGCGACGGUACGGCGCUCAGAACAGCGCUCGGCCCGAAGUGAGCGCUCCUGACUUCUCUGUGCCUCAGUUACCUCCUCCGGAAA